AUGUCCACAGAUAAGUCAGGAAAUGGGAUACUAGAUGAUAUAAUCAAUCGACUCAAUGCCCAGAAUGAGCAACAACUCAUAGAUUCGAUCCUCGUGUCAAUAGACAACCUCAAGCGAGACAGAGAAGAAGAUAUUGCGACAAUCACCAAUCACAACACCCAACUAAAAGAAGAAAUUGAACAAUUACAACGAAAGAUAUCCCUCUUGUAUGAAUUCAAUGAUUCUACAUUUGAACAGGUGCAAAAUAUCGCCACGGUUGACGGAUUAAACGACCGAUUCGGGUUCACCAAAAAUGAUGAAAUACCUCGCGUGUUGAAAUCAAUCUUCAAUAAACUAACAGAUUUGAAUAUAUCCAUAAGUAAAGAAUUGACAGACUUGGAACAGAUAAUAAUACUGUAUGCUUCAGAAAGAAACAGACUUGAAAAGGAGAAUGAUGAUCUAUUGAUAAAAAUGAAUCAAGUAUAUGAAGAAAAUCGUAAUCGAGAAGUAACAGCUCAAGAUGCAAACGUAACUAAGCUUGCUCUAUAUCGAAACCUUGGUAUUAAACUAGAAAAUUCGAAUGGAAACAAAGAUGAAGAACCCGACACUAUUGUUAUACAGAAAGGUGACCAUGUCAAUAUGUUGAAGAUUGAUCCUGAUUAUAAUGAUUUCUUUAUCACUAACCAGAUUUGGUCUCACUUGGCUGAUUAA